UGCAUUGAAAACAAGACGAGUUCAUCACAUCAGAUUUUUCUUUAUUUAGAAUACUAAGUUUCUACUUAGUGUUCAGUUAAUACCAAUGUAUUAACGGAAGCUACAAUGGCUGCAACGACAAGAGCGUCUGUGUCGCAGAUAUUGCGCAAUAAAGACGACGCGGGCGAAGAAGACGAUGAGCCUAAAAAGAAGUCCCGCGAGGACUGGCGGAAGGCCAAAGAGCUAGAGGAGGCUCGGAAAGCUGGCACUGCACCCGCUGCCGUCGACGAGACAGGCAAAGACAUAAACCCGCACAUUCCACAGUACAUAUCUUCUGCACCAUGGUAUUAUGGGACGGCCGGGCCAACACUCAAGCAUCAGCGGCCUCAGGAGGAUAGGGAGGCCCAGUUUACCAAACUUGACACAUUUUACAAUAAGGGUGUUGACACAAGCAAAGUAGCAACCAAAUUCAGGAAAGGUGCCUGUGAGAACUGUGGCGCCAUGACACAUAAGAAAAAAGAUUGUUUGGACAGACCUAGAAAGAUUGGUGCUAAAUACACUAACGCAGGCAUAGCACCCGAUGAGUUCAACCAGCCCAAUCUGAACCUCAGCUACGACGGCAAGAGGGACAGGUGGAAUGGCUAUGACCCGUUGGAACACAAGGCUAUCAUUGAAGAGUACCAGAAAAUUGAGGAGGCUAAAAGGGAGCUGAGAGCAAAGAAGUUAGAUGAAGGUACUUUGAAACAGGGAUAUGACGACGAUAACGCAGAGGAGGAUGAAGACAAAUAUGUGGAUGAAGUGGACAUGCCCGGUACUAAGGUGGAUUCAAAGCAGCGCAUCACAGUGCGCAACCUCCGUAUUAGGGAAGACACAGCCAAGUACUUGCGGAACCUGGACCCCAAUUCAGCCUACUACGACCCCAAGACCCGGUCCAUGAGGGACAACCCCAAUCCGGAGACUGCCGAGUAA